AUGGAGGCAGACGACGCCGACAGAGCAGCCCGACGCACCUCCGGUUGUCGCCGUCGCGGAGCCCUGGGCCGCCGGGCGUGGGGAAUUUCGUCCCAAAGCAAAGGAAUGAAGUCUGGCUCCGGAGGCGGGUCGCUGGCCUGGCUGUGGGCUCUCCUGUCGCUGUGCGCGGUCCUGGCGCUCGGGCCGACGCGUGGAGAAAUCUGUGGGCCAGGCAUCGAUAUCCGGAAUGACUUCCAGCAGCUGAAACGCCUGGAGAACUGCACGGUGAUUGAGGGCUACCUACACAUUCUGCUCAUCUCCAAGGCCGAGGACUACCGCAGCUACCGCUUCCCCAAGCUCACUGUCAUCACUGAGUACUUGCUGCUCUUCCGCGUGGCUGGCCUCGAGAGCCUCGGUGAUCUGUUCCCGAACCUCACAGUCAUCCGAGGCUGGAAGCUCUUCUACAACUAUGCCCUGGUCAUUUUCGAGAUGACCAACCUCAAGGAUAUUGGACUUUACAACCUAAGGAACAUCACACGGGGGGCCAUCCGAAUUGAGAAAAAUGCUGACCUCUGUUACCUGUCCACUGUGGACUGGUCCUUGAUCCUGGAUGCUGUAUCCAAUAACUACAUUGUGGGCAACAAGCCUCUGAAGGAGUGUGGUGACCUGUGUCCAGGGACGAUGGAGGAGAAGCCAUUGUGUGAGAAGACCACCAUCAACAAUGAGUACAACUAUCGCUGCUGGACUACUAAUCGCUGUCAGAAAAUGUGCCCUAGCGUGUGUGGGAAGCGCGCAUGCUCCGAGAACAACGAGUGCUGCCACCCAGAGUGCCUGGGCAGCUGCACCGCACCUGACAAUGCCACAGCCUGUGUGGCUUGCCGCCACUUCUACCACGAGGGCACCUGCCUCCCCAAUUGCCCGCCCAACACCUACAGGUUUGAAGGCUGGCGCUGCGUGGACCGUGACUUUUGUGCCAACAUUCCCAAUGCCGAGAGCACCGAACCGGAGGGCUUCGUGAUCCACAAUGGCGAGUGCUUGCAGGAGUGCCCCUCGGGCUUCAUUCGCAAUGGGACCCUCAGCAUGUUCUGCAUCCCUUGUGAAGGUCCUUGCCCCAAAGUCUGUGAGGAAAAGAAAACAAAGACCAUUGAUUCUGUGACUUCUGCGCAAAUGCUUCAAGGAUGCACCAUCUUCAAAGGCAAUUUGCUCAUUAAUAUUCGUCGAGGCAACAACAUUGCCUCGGAACUGGAGAACUUCAUGGGUCUUAUCGAGAUUGUUACAGGCUACAUAAAGAUUCGUCAUUCCCAUGCCUUAGUCUCCUUGUCCUUCCUGAAGAAUCUUCGCCAGAUUUUAGGAGAGGAGCAGCUAGAAGGGAAUUACUCCUUCUAUGUCCUUGACAACCAGAACCUACAGCAGCUGUGGGACUGGGAGCACCGCAACCUGACCAUCAAAGCGGGGAAAAUGUAUUUUGCUUUUAACCCCAAACUCUGCGUUUCUGAGAUUUAUCGUAUGGAGGAGGUGACGGGGACUAAAGGCCGCCAGAGCAAAGGGGACAUAAACACGAGGAACAACGGAGAAAGAGCCUCCUGUGAGAGUGAUGUGCUGCAUUUCACCUCCACCAGCACCUGGAAGAAUCGGAUCAUCAUCACCUGGCACCGCUACCGGCCUCCUGACUACAGGGACCUCAUCAGCUUCACCGUGUACUACAAGGAGGCUCCUUAUAAAAACGUGACCGAGUAUGAUGGGCAGGAUGCCUGUGGCUCCAACAGCUGGAACAUGGUGGACGUGGACUUGCCAACCAACAAGGACAUUGAGCCAGGCAUCUUACUGCAUGGACUGAAGCCCUGGACUCAAUACGCUAUUUACGUCAAGGCAGUGACACUCACCAUGGUGGAGAACGACCACAUCCGUGGAGCCAAGAGUGAAAUACUAUACAUUCGCACCAAUGCCUCAGUUCCUUCCAUUCCGUUGGAUGUUCUGUCAGCAUCAAACUCCUCUUCUCAGUUGAUUGUAAAGUGGAACCCUCCCUCCUUGCCAAAUGGGAAUCUGAGUUACUACAUUGUGCGGUGGCAGCGGCAGCCCCAGGAUAGUUAUCUCUACCGGCACAAUUACUGCUCCAAAGACAAAAUCCCCAUCAGGAGGUAUGCUGAUGGGACCAUCGACAUUGAGGAGGUGACUGAGAAUCCCAAGACGGAGGUGUGUGGUGGUGAGAAAGGGCCUUGCUGCGCCUGCCCCAAAACAGAGGCUGAGAAGCAGGCUGAGAAGGAGGAAGCCGAGUACCGCAAAGUCUUUGAGAAUUUCCUGCACAAUGCCAUCUUCAUGCCCAGACCUGAAAGGAAGAGACGGAAUGUUAUACAAUUUGUCAACACCACCACAUCCAACCGGAGCAGGAACAACACCGUGGCUGACUACAAUUCAACAGACACAGAAGAGUUUGAGACAGAGUUCCCCUUCUAUGAGAGCAGAGUAGAAAGCAAGGAGAGAACCGUCAUUUCAAAUCUGCGUCCUUUCACAUUGUACCGCAUUGAUAUCCACAGCUGCAACCACGAGGCCGAGAAGCUUGGCUGCAGUGCCUCCAACUUCGUCUUUGCGAGGACAAUGCCAGCAGAAGGAGCAGAUGACAUUCCUGGGCCAGUGACCUGGGAGUCAAGGCCUGAAAACUCAGUCUUUCUAAAGUGGUCAGAACCUGAGAAUCCCAAUGGAUUGAUAUUAAUGUAUGAAAUAAAAUAUGGAUCACAAGUGGAGGAUCAGCGAGAGUGUAUUUCCAGACAGGAGUACCGGAAACAUGGAGGGGCAAAGCUUAACCGGCUGAACCCAGGAAACUACACAGCCCGGAUUCAGGCUACUUCCCUUUCAGGGAAUGGGUCAUGGACAGACCCCGUGUUCUUCUAUGUCCCUACCAAAAUAAGACCAUAUGAAAAUUUCAUCCAUCUCAUCAUCGCUCUGCCUGUGGCCAUCCUGCUGGUGGUGGGAGGUUUGGUUAUAAUGCUGUACGUGUGCCACAGAAAGAGAAGUAGCAGCAGGCUGGGGAAUGGAGUGCUGUACGCCUCUGUGAACCCCGAGUACUUCAGUGCAGCUGAUGUGUAUGUUCCAGAUGAGUGGGAGGUUGCUCGAGAGAAGAUCACCAUGAACAGAGAGCUUGGGCAGGGGUCCUUUGGAAUGGUUUAUGAAGGUGUUGCGAAGGGUGUGGUUAAAGAUGAGCCCGAAACAAGGGUGGCCAUUAAAACAGUGAAUGAGGCGGCAAGCAUGAGAGAAAGGAUUGAAUUUCUCAAUGAGGCUUCAGUGAUGAAGGAGUUCAAUUGUCACCAUGUGGUGCGAUUGUUGGGUGUGGUAUCCCAGGGCCAGCCAACGCUGGUCAUCAUGGAACUGAUGACUCGAGGGGAUCUCAAAAGUUAUCUCCGGUCUCUGAGACCGGAAAUGGAGAAUAAUCCAGUUCUGGCACCUCCCAGCCUAAGCAAGAUGAUUCAGAUGGCAGGCGAGAUUGCAGAUGGCAUGGCAUACCUCAAUGCCAACAAGUUUGUCCACAGAGACCUGGCUGCACGGAACUGCAUGGUGGCUGAAGAUUUCACCGUCAAAAUCGGAGAUUUUGGUAUGACCAGAGAUAUCUAUGAGACAGACUAUUACCGCAAAGGAGGAAAGGGACUGCUGCCUGUGCGCUGGAUGGCUCCUGAGUCACUCAAGGACGGGGUCUUCACCACUCAUUCUGACGUCUGGUCCUUCGGGGUGGUUCUCUGGGAGAUUGCCACUCUGGCCGAGCAGCCAUACCAGGGCCUGUCCAAUGAGCAAGUCCUGCGUUUUGUAAUGGAAGGUGGCCUUCUGGACAAGCCGGACAACUGCCCCGACAUGCUGUUUGAGCUGAUGCGCAUGUGCUGGCAGUACAACCCCAAAAUGAGGCCUUCCUUCCUAGAGAUCAUCAGCAGCAUCAAAGAUGAGAUGGAACCUGGCUUCCGGGAAGUCUCCUUCUACUACAGUGAGGAGAACAAGCCCCCUGAACCAGAGGAGCUGGAUCUGGAGCCGGAGAACAUGGAGAGUGUGCCCCUGGACCCAUCUGCAUCCUCCUCCUCGCUCCCGCUGCCGGACAGACACUCAGGACACAAGGCGGAGAAUGGCCCGGGCCCUGGCGUGCUGGUUCUCCGAGCCAGCUUCGACGAGAGGCAGCCCUACGCACACAUGAAUGGGGGCCGCAAGAACGAACGAGCCCUGCCCCUGCCCCAGUCAUCCACCUGCUGA